AUGAAUCCGACCGUUGCUAUACUUGAUGCCGGAGCGCAGUAUUGCAAAGUUAUUGAUAGACGAGUGCGUGAGUUGAAUGUUCAUUCAGAAAUUCUGCCUUUGAAUAUUUCUUUGGACGAUCUACUGCAGAAGGGCUAUAAAGCUGUAAUUAUAUCUGGUGGCCCAGGAUCAGUAGCGGAUGAUGAUAAUAUCCUUUUUGAUCGCAAAAUUUUUGAGGGUCGUAUACCCGUUUUGGGUAUAUGCUAUGGAAUGCAGCUGAUUAACCAUCUUUGUGGUGGAAAGGUCGAGCAGUCUGGAACGCACAGACAUGGCCACGGUCUUCAACCUGAGGAAACUGUGCUUUUAACACACGAAGACCGGUGCACGGAUAUCGCCGAGGGGUUUGUACCUAUUGGAACCCUUGAUGAUUAUGUGGUUGCCAUAUCGAAACCUGAACGAAAUAACUAUGGCGUUCAAUUUCAUCCGGAAGUGGACUUAACAAUUAAAGGAAGUAUUAUGCUGUCGAAUUUCCUGUUUGAAAUCGCUGGCCUCACCCCUAGUUUUCGAGUAGAGGAUCGAUUGGAUUCGUGUGUCAAGCAUCUCCAAACAACUGUUGGGGAAAGAAAAGUUUUGUUUCUGCUCAGUGGGGGUGUUGAUUCAACCGUAUGCGCAGCCAUUGCGCAGAAGGCUCUUAAACCGGAACAAAUUUAUGCAGUUCACAUAAACAAUGGCUUCUUGCGGAAAAAUGAAUCCGAAUCGACACUGGAAGCCCUGAGCAAGCUUGGUCUUAACGGUGGGCUCGUGAAGUAUGUGAACGCCUCAUUACGCUUUUACUCUGGUGUGACUACCUAUCAAGUACCUGUAGACACAUCAGCACUGGCACCAGCCAGUCUCCUUUGUAAGGCACCUCAAGGGGCAUGUGCUACGGGUGAGACUGUGGAAUCCCAUAAUGCAAUGGAGGUGGACAGCAAUGAUAACAAUAUCAGUCUCUCACCCAGGGCAAUUCAUGGAGGAGUUGUACCCUACCACGAGAUUCGAAAUAUCCCAAUAGGUCCUCUCAAUCUGCAUGUUGUGAAUCCAGAAGAAAAGAGGAAAAUUAUUGGGGACGUUUUUAUUCGAGUGGCUGAGGAGAUUUGGCGUGACAUGAAACUGAAUCCAGAUGAGUUUCUCCUUUGUCAAGGUACCCUACGACCAGAUCUUAUUGAAUCAGCGUCCACAUCUGUCACUAAGAAAGCUGAUUUGAUAAAAACUCAUCACAAUGUUUCCGAUCUUGUCAAGAAGCUCAGCCAAGAGGGUCGUGUUAUCGAACCUUUGGCUGAUUUUCAUAAGGAUGAGGUCCGUUCUAUUGGUCGAAUGCUUGGUUUACCUGAUGUGGUUGUGGAACGUCAUCCCUUUCCGGGACCUGGCCUAGCUGUUCGUAUCCUUUGUGCCAACGAGCCGUUUGUGGAACGGGAUUUUCCAGAGACCACGAGUUUAAUAAAAAUGAUAGCGGGAUAUGCGGCAAUGUCACAAAAGGCAAAUUAUUUCUACUUGGUUUUUCAACCGCAUGCUUUGCUGAACAAGAUUAAUGCAGCCAUCAAUGCAGACGAGCAGCACAGGCUCAACGAGAUGACUGCUGGCGGAGCUCUUGCUGCUCAGAUUCUGCCCAUUCGAUCCGUUGGUGUUCAAGGCGACUGCAGGUCAUACAGUUACGUAUGCGUUGUAUCGUCAGACAAAAAACCCGACUGGGAUUCUCUCUUCUUCAUAGCUCAAAUUAUUCCUCGAAUAUGUCACAAUAUUAACAGGUUAGUGUUGAAAUUCAUUAUCCUUUUUUAA